CUGCAAUUACUGUGUGGAUCCUUUACUCCGAAGCCGAAUAUGGUAACCAAAACUGAACCAGAGAGCUCCGAUUUCGAUCGGGACACUGCCCUCAAGGCCUUCGACGACACAAAAGCCGGCGUCAAGGGUCUCGUAGACGCUGGAAUCGCAAAAAUCCCGCCGAUCUUCCUCCACUCACGGCCCAACGCAGCUUCCGUCCAAUCAACUCCAGGGCACACCGAGUCGGAGCUACCAGUAAUCCCUACCGUUGACUUGCAAGGCGUCGACGGAGACCCAAAUCUCCGCCGCCGGGUGAUUUGGCAAGUGAAUGACGCCUGCCGGAGAUGGGGUUUUUUCCAGGUAAUCAAUCACGGGAUACCCACAACCCUCCUGAACAAGAUGAUGGAAGGGUUGAAGGGUUUCCACGAACUAGAGACUGAAGUGAAGAAAGGGUUCUACACCAGGGACUACAGCAAGACUUUGACUUACAACUGCAACUUCGAUUUCUAUCAGUCGCCGGCUGUCAAUUGGAGGGAUACCGUGAGCUGAGUCAUGGCUCCUCGCCCACCAAACCCUAAAGAACUCCCUCAAGUUUGCGGGUAAACCUUGAAGAUCCAUUCAUACCCAAAUUAGGAAUAGAUGGAGGUUAUGAAAAACUCUGUUCUGAGGUCCUGCGAACUCUAAUCGAUCUAUUCUUGUUGUUUGGGCAGGGAGACGAUGGUUGAUUACUCGACCCAAGUAAUAUUAUUGGCAAGGAGGCUAUUCGUAUU